GUGUAUAUAUAUACAGUCCUCACGCCAGCAUCUCACUCCAAAAUGCUAAUAGAUAGCCGCCCAUGUGCACGGAAUACAAAAUAAAACACAACCAGCACCAAGGGACCCUUUUCAAGGAGCAGCAAAGUCCAUAGAGUAAAUGGCUCAGAAAAUCGAGUACCCCUCACUGUGUGUGACACCGCCUCCCGAGCUCUUGGGGGAGGUUCUUCGGGAACAUUAUACCCCGCUACCUUAUAUGGCAUCCAUUAAUAAGAUGAAGCGCCUUCCCUCUGGCCAUUACUUCUGCAUGGAAAACUUUGAAGAGGUGUUGGAGAGAAGACAGGCUGCUAAUGCCAAAGAGAGAGAGAGGAUAAGGAAUAUCAACAGCGGGUUUUCAAAGUUGAAGACAAUUGUGCCUCUAAUCCCCAAGGAUCGAAAGCCAAGCAAGGUAGACACUCUCAAAGCUGCUACUGAAUACAUUCGGCUGCUACAUGACAUUUUGGAAGAAACUGGUGGAUUUGAGAAAGUUGAAGACCUUCCUGACAUAGAGCUGACUGACAGAUAUGCAGGAACUCUUAUACCAGAGUUCAGGGGUACAAUCCCUACUGACUUCCGAAUAAAUCCCCUUGGAGAUGUUAAAGGGGGGAUUCCUUUUGUGAUUAAACCAAAGGAACCUGUGUGCUUGUGGAGGGCAGCAGGCAUGUUUCCUGGGUACCUGGGAAUUUUGCAGAUUCACAAAGCAAGCCGACUGAUGUAUCACAACAGUCGAUAAAUUAUACCCAGUGGUUACUUCCAUGAUUCAUACUGGCUAUUUGAAAACAUGGACCUCCAUCAGCAGGACCUGAUGAAGACUUUAUUUGGAGAAACAGAAGCCUCCUAAACAUUUGGUGCACUUACAAAUGAAAUUGUGUGUCUGGAGAUCUUUAUUUGAUUUACUGAUAGAAAAUAUAAUUAUAAAUAAAUGUCACUUUGUGGGAAGCAGC